AUACGCUUUUUUUUUUAAAACAAAUACAUUUAUUCGAAUAUAAUACUACAUUCCUUUUUUUUUGUUAUAGAAUAAAAAUAAAUCCACAUUGGAUUCCAAAAAUUCAACAAUUAAACUAGAUUCUAAAGAAACAAAUUUAUCAUCAGCAGCAUCAACAUCAUCAACAUCAUCAUUUUUGUAUGUCAUUAUUUUCUAAACUUUCUAAUAAAAGCAGUAAUAACGAUAAGACACUUUAUCCAUGGUCACAGAAGAAAUUAAGCGGUAGUAAUAGUAUAUUUCCAAGGGCAGGACAUGCUGCUGUUGCUGCUUCGUCCGAGGGUAUUAUUAUUUUUGGUGGUAUUCAUCGUACCUCUACUAAAAAGGAGCUUUUUUAUAUUGAUGCCAAUAAUCUUUCGGCAACAAGUAUUCAUGCUUCUGGUGAUAUACCAAGUCCAAGAAUAUCAUCUGCCAUGAUUUUUAGAAAUGGACAUAUUAUGCUUUAUGGUGGUAAACCAGUUGCUCCUGAUGAAAAGUAUGAUGGCGGUUUUUAUAUUUUGAAUUUACAUUCGAAACAUUGGGCACGCAUUCAGAUGGAAGGUGUUCAACCUGCUGAAAGAUCAGGACAUACAGCAGUCAUUCAUGAGGGCAUUAUUUAUAUCUGGGGAGGACAGCAUGAAGGAAAUUAUUUUAAUGAUUUAAUUAUUUGUAAUACUAGUACUCUUAAUUCUGCUCCAAGGUGGGAAUUUGUUGGUUAUAACAAUGAAUGUCCUGAACCUAGGUCAGGUCAUAUUUCUCAAAUUUACGAAAACAAGCUUUACAUUUUUGGAGGCACAAAUGGACGUAGACUAUUUAAUGAUCUUUGGUCCUUUGAUUUAUAUACUGGACUAUGGACAAAAAUUGAAGCAGAUGGUUUAACUCCUAUUGCUUGUGAAUCAGCAGCUUCUGCUAUGGCUGAAGACGUGAUUUAUAUUAUAGGUGGUAAAGGAGAAAAUAAUAUAGAAUUGAAUGAUUUAUUUGCCUUUAGAGUGAAAAGUAGACGUUGGUUUAGAUUUCAAAAUAUGGGACCAGCUCCUUCUCCUCGUCAUGGAUUAACAAUGACAACUGUAAAAGAUCGCCUAUUUGUUAUAGGUGGUGAUAACGGUACAUCUAAAAUGGAAGAUGCUUCUUUUGUUUAUAUUUUAGAUAGUACAAAAAUUAAAUACCCAAUAGAAAAUAUUCCACAUGUUGAUUCCCCUCAUAAUAGCCCAAUUGAAGAUCGUAGACAUUCUUCACAACAACAAUAUGGGACUCGAAUACAGCAAUCUCGGUCGCCUGCCAAUACCACCACUAACAUUACUACUAACGAAAACGAUUUGAUGGUUCAAUCUUCUCCUACAAAUAGUAGUAGUCCUAUUAGUCUAACUUCUCCUCGUCAUAGAUCUUAUUUUCCAAAUAUAGAAAACCAAAAUUCAAGUCAGCUAUCUGCAAGGCCUCCUAGACAUAUUUCAGCAGUACCAGAAGCAGCUCUUCGUCGUCCUCGUGCUACAUCUCCUUUACCUUAUCAACAAAACGAAUCAGAUAUUACUGCAGAUAUGCGUCGACAGCAUCAUGAACACGAUCCGUCAUUAAUGCAAACAAAUAUGUUAGCAGCAGCUGCUGCUAUGAAAGACGAAAGAUGGGCUAUGGCUCAACAAAUCGUACCUAAUCAACAACGCUCAUCACCAAAUAAUACAACAACACUUCCUCCUCCUCCUCGUCCUCCACGUGAUGGAGUUGGUUUAUUAAACAAUAAUGUUAUGAAUACCAUGGACUAUGAAGAUAUUCGUAACAAGCCUCGACCCUCUCGUUAUCACGAUGAUACUACAUCACCUGUAUCACCACAACCGAAUUCAGCCCUUAUUUCAUCUAGUCGUAAUACCCCUACAGCAUGUCAAAAGAUUGCAUUUAAACCAUCCAAUAAUAAUGAUAAUGACAACGACAACGACAAUGACAACGACGGCAAUGAACGACAAAAACUUAUUCAAGAAAUCGAGUCUCGAGAUGCUCUUAUUGUAGCCUUGAAAUCUAAAGAAAAUUGGUGGCGUACUGAAGUUGCCCUCGCACGCAAACAAAACUCAACACUUUUUGCAUCUGCUGAAGCCGAUGAAACAUUGUUGAUGGAGGUAGAUGAUUUACCAGCCGAUAAACUUAAGCUCUUUGAACAGUUGGUAUCUGUCAAAACUGAGUUACGUCGUGUGCGUACCCAAAUUGCUCAAGAGUCAAAGGGAUGUGGACAAGCAGAUCGAAUGAGAACUGCUGCUCUUCAAGAGGCCGCUUAUUUCAAGACAAAGUAUUUGGCUCUCAAAUCGCAUAGACGUGAUGAGACAUUAGAGAUGGAUCGUUGUGAUGAAUUAGAAAAGAAAUUAGUAGCAGUCCUAAAGGAAAACGAAGUUCAGAAGAAACUAGUACAACAGUUAAAGAAAAGAUCAGAGCAUGAUCGAAUGGCAAGACGAACGACAGAAGAGAGAGCUCAUGAGUGUCAGAUGAGAGCAGAGGAAGCUCAAAAUGCUCAACAACGAGCUCUGGAAGAAUUGGAGAUAGCUUAUCAGAGAGUGAAGAAGGCAGAAACACAAGUACGUGAUAACGCUGUCAAAAUGGCAGACUUAACCCGACAAUUAAGUGAUGCUCUACAGCAACAACAAGAGCAACAGCCAAAUGAACAACAAGAGGAAUUAAAGAUGGCUCAGUUGAAAGCUGCUAAUUUAAAGGCUAGAAAUGAAGUAGCAACAUUGAAAGGGCAAUUAGCUGAACAGAUGGAUGAAAAGGAAAGAUUGAGACAAUUAAUUCAGGAACGAGAAGAUACAUUAGUAGAAACCCAGCGUCAUGUAGAGAAUUGCGAAAUCCAAUUAAAAAUGAUGAGGGAUGCUUAUCAACAAAAGGCAAAGGAUGCUGCGAUAUCAGACUAAAACUUCUACGAACUUGUUUUUUUUUAAUUUGAUUUAAUUUAAUUUAUUUAUACCGUAUACAAGUUAAAAAAUAAAAAAAAAUUGUAAUAAAAGA